AUGAGAAGGGGAGCGUGGGCUGUGCUGCGGCUAGAGAACGAACACGUCAACAACUCCUCCCGCUUCAGAGCUAUCUUAUGGGCUACAGCUGUGGCAGCUCUCAUCGAGCUGCUGCUGCAGCAGCUGCUGCAGCUGGUGCUGCAGCAGCUGGUGCUGCAGCUGGUGCUGCAGCAGCUGGUGCUGCAGCUGGUGCUGCAGCUGGUGCUGCAGCUGGUGCUGCAGCUGGUGCCGCCGCUGCACCAGACUCGGCUUGAGGUGCUUGAGGGGGACCCUCUUAUACACACCGCCACCCCCCUGGCCAUCCCCACCCCCCACGAGGCGUUGCUGCAGCGCGCAGCAAAAGGAGACACCCCAGUGUGUUGCAUGCGCAUGCGCAUGCGCAUGCAGCAGCAGCAGCAGCAGCAGCAGCAGCAGCAACACGGGGCUGGCACGUCGUCUCGCUUGCAUGCGUUUCUCCGCAUGCAACAACUUUCACGCCUCUGA